AUGCGUCGACACAAGCUGCCCGACAAUUGGCAAGAAGACACACGCUUCGACGGCCCAGAGCACUGGGGCAUAGAAAAACGGUGGAAGAGCCUAUUCCCCAAGACUGGCUUCAAGACCAAGAGCGUCGGUGGUAUUGUUGACACUAGUAGGGACAAGGAUGGCGGCAGGAGUCGGGCAAAGGGGACAAGGAACGCGACGGUGGACAUGACCGCCGAGGGAGGCGAUGACACCGUUACAUGUAGCCUGCAGAGCGGCGACGAUCAUUUCGCCAACUUCAAUCAGCCAAGUCGUGCGGCUCGAAGGACAGUUCCCGAGACGGCGCCAGAGGACCCCGAAGAGGAGAUGCGGAUUCCUUCUUACAGGAGACCGAACGCGAAAACAACGGCAACUAGCGGCAGCAGCAUCAACACAAGUAGUAUCGGUAAGGCACCCUUAUACGAGGACGAGGAGCCGACGACGGGGCAAAGAAGGUGGAGAAUCCAGCCGAGAAGCACGGAGCCAGCGUCGAGCUCCCGUGCUGGAAGUAGGGCUCGUGAUUCGGUGCUGCUGCCGUCUUCUUCCGAGGAAGAGGAAGAGGAGGAGUUUGACGAAAGCGAGGCCAACAUCACGGGCCACGAACGGAACAACUCCCGUUCACCCAUCCCCCGUCCCCGCGAGCACAAAAACGGCGGGGGCUCCGAUGAAUCGCCCCCAUACCCCCUCCCCCGACACAGCAACAAGAAGGGGAAAGGCAGUAGGUGCUCUCCAGGGGGUGGGGCCGCAGCCUUCCCGUAUGGCGACGACUCCCCCUCGAGGCAACGACGCGAAGAGGAGAUUGAGUCGUCUGGAUCGGAAUCCUGCGGCGGCUUGUCGAACUCCGACUUUGACGGCAGCGAGGGCGAGGGUCGAAAGCCAUCUUCAUCCUCCCGGCGGCUGUUAUCUUCUUCUUCUCUUUCUCGCCGCAGGGAAGGGGGCGGGGAAGGGGAAGGAACGCGACGUACCAACGGGGGCGGGACAAAAGGGAAAGGGCGUGUCGUUCGCGAGGGUGGUCGGAGGCGAAGGGGAUCGUCCAGCCACAGCAGGAUGGGCAACAACACGUCAUCGAGCCCGAUCCCGGGUUCCGCGCAAGGGGCGCGGGCUCGCUCGGCACCAUCUGGCAGCAAGAAGGCUCGCAAGGUUGUGAGAGCCCAAGGGAACGAGCACGGCUGGAUCGCCAAGGGUGGUGGGAGCGGCGGUGGCGGUAGCAGUGGAGGGCGAGUGAGAAAUCCGGUGCUUUCGUUUCAGGGUUCUCAGAUUUCUAUGCGAAAGAACAACGAAAGAAGCCUGACGCAGUCCAAAAUCAACUUUCCUGUCGUAUUGUAGGCUAUUGUUGAGUGAGAAGGGUCGCUUGGUUGAGAGAGGAUCAAGAUGAAGCUCAAAAUUACCACCGACAAAAUUACAUUGACAUCAGAAUUGAGAAGGGAAAUUUGGUGUCACAAUCAUGUGGAGAGUUGUAGGGUACCUGGGGUGUUCGAAUUCGAAGGGACAUUGAGACCGUAGUUUCAGUCGGGCAAAUUUC